AUGGCGACUUCAAGCGUGGGUUUCGGUUACAGAUCCUAUUUACCUGUUCGUAGUCUCCAGUAUCACUACUUAUGGAAGACUCGGUUCAACACUGUUGCUGCUGUAAUUGAGGCAGUGGAUGAGCCAGAUGGUUUCGCCAAGGAAGGUGAUCGUCAAGACAAGGUUGCUGGUGAGACAAGGUAUCGUAUCAAAGGGUCAGAGGGGGAUCGUGAGUGGAAGCAACUGAAUUCAAAAGACCUUGGAAUAAGCAGUUCUAUGAUUGCAAACCCCACAAGACAAGUGCUUAAUGGCCUUAAGAGAAAAGGAUAUGAUGUUUACCUUGUGGGAGGCUGUGUAAGGGAUCUUAUUUUGAAGCGGACACCGAAAGACUUUGACAUAAUCACUUCUGCAGAACUUAGAGAGGUGGUUCGGACUUUCUCAAGAUGUGAAAUCGUUGGAAGAAGGUUUCCUAUAUGUCAUGUACAUGUUGGCGAUGAUAUAAUAGAGGUUUCGAGUUUCAGUACCUCUGCAAAGAAUUCUUCGAGGAACAUGAGAACUGAAAUCAAAGAAUCGAGCAGCUCAGAUGGUGACGAGGACUGUAUCCGUUUGAAUAACUGUUUGCAACGUGAUUUCACAAUUAAUGGGUUGAUGUUUGAUCCAUAUGCCAAAGUUGUAUAUGACUAUCUAGGAGGAAUUGAAGAUAUUAGAAAAGCUAAAGUUCGAACAGUGAUUCACGCUGGCACAUCUUUUCAACAAGACUCUGCUCGGAUUCUUCGUGGAAUAAGAAUUGCUGCACGUUUAGAUUUCAGAAUUUCCAAGGAAACAGCUCAUUAUGUUAAGAACCUUUCGUUCCUAGUACAAAGACUUGAUAAGGGAAGGAUCUUGAUGGAAUUGAAUUACAUGUUAGCUUAUGGAUCAGCAGAAGCUUCUUUGAGAUUGCUGUGGAAAUUUGGGAUACUAGAAAUUCUUCUACCAAUUCAAGGAGCAUAUCUUGUACGCAGUGGUUUCAGGAGACGUGACAAAAGGACUAACAUGCUUCUGUCUCUCUUUGCUAAUUUGGAUAAAUUGUUAGCGUCUGAUAGACCUUGUCACAGCAGCUUGUGGAUAGCAAUCUUGGCAUUUCACAAAGCACUAGCUGAUAAACCUCGAAGUCCUUUAGUGGUAGCUGCGUUUAGCCUUGCUGUACACAACGGUGGAGACAUUCUAGAAGCUACAAAAAUCACAAAGAAGAUCACUAGGCCACACGAUAGAAGCUUCUUCGAGCUACUAGAACCCGAGAAGAAUCUCGACUUUCAAACCCUAUUGGACGAGGUCAUGGAUCUUGAUGCAUCUAUCAAAGAUGCUUUGAACCAGAUGACUGAUGGGUAUUUUAUUUCUAAAGCUAUGGCAGCUUACCCUCAAGCACCGUACUCCGAUUUGGUGUUUAUACCGUUGCAAUUGUACCUCAGAGCAGGAAGAAUCUUCCAGUGUGUGAAAGAAGAGAGAGAAAUGGGAUUCGAGUCGAAGCAAGGAAGCAAGAUUGAGUAUGCUUUGCUGUAUUCCGGGGAUAUUCCGGAAACUCGGCAUGUGUUUGCGAGGGUUGUGUUCGACACUGUUUUUCCGUUAAACCUAUCUCAAGAACUAUGA